CAAACUGAGCAGACGCCAACUUCGCCGUCGAAUUUUAUAAGGUUUCGUGUCUAGACAGUGUUUACUUCAGUCAGGAAUCGGACUUCGAAAUGGAACCUUAUCGGUGUGAUUGAUUAACUAAAUCGCGUAUCUUCAAACUCGAUAUUUCUAAAUUAUGGCUUUUGGAUUCACAGUUGCAAAUGAUGUUUAUUGGUUACUUUUCGUGGUUGUGUUCUUUUCAGCAAAUUUGGGAGACUCUCUGCUGCUGAUAAAUGUAAAAAAUCAGGGUGGAGAUGUCCUACAAGAGACAAUAUCUGCCAAUGUCAGUGAUGACACGGUCUUGCUGGAGUUCCAGAGAUCUGACGGAACCUUGGUCACACAACUGGUGGACUUUAGACAUGAGGUGCAGAUAUUAAAGGCCUUAGUUCUGGGAGAGGAGGAAAGAGGCCAAAGCCAGUAUCAGGUCAUGUGCUUUGUCAACCACAUUGACAAAAUGGAGUUUAUAUCACCUGACGCCAUGGCCAAACUAAGACAGAAAAACCCUGGCACAGUGCGGACGCCGGAGGAGGACCGGGGCCGGGAGAACAUGACUAUGGAGCUGUUUGUGGACGUGGCACGUGCCGGAGUCAUCUCUAGACACGUGCCGGUGUUGUGUGCCGAGGCCAGCGAUGCUACAUACACCCGACGUGCCGACAUAGACAUGUGGAGCCAGCUACCAGGUUCCUCUAAAGCGUCGUUGUUGGCAGCAGUGAGAGAAUACAACGGUUUGGUGCCUCCACCACAGAGAUGUCUAGAGACCCAUGCGCCGUGGCAAGCCUGUACUUGUCACCUGGAGCUGUGCAUUGGUUGGUACCCCUGCGGCCUCAAGUACUGCAGGGGGGCCAACCCGCGUACAGCCAACUACAGGUGUGGCAUCCGCACGUGUCGCAAGUGCAGUCUCUACCUCUACUACGUCCGUCAGAAGCAACUCUGCCUGUGGGAUGAAUGACCCUCGUAGUAAAUGAACACUUCACCGGUGACUGGACGGUUUUGUACUAGUUUCUGUAGACUUUACCUGUAACUGUGAGGUGAGAAAGAAUUUAUAUUUUUUAGUUUGUAAUUUUCUACUGAUAAUCUCUUCCAGGGCCCUGUGAGAGAUGUAGUGAUUAAGAUUUCAACAAGACUUUGAACAAGUUAUAUUAGCAUUAAACAUUGAAUACACAUCUAAAAUUGUUGAAAAUCUAUGAUUUCAAUUGUUUGUGCUUUGUUUUGUAAAUAGUCCUAAUAAAGCACAAAAAGUUAAAAUCAUAGAUUUUAAACAGUUUUUGAUUUGUAUGCAAUGUUAAAUGCUAUUAGAAAGCAUUAAAAGCUGUAGUUUUUAAAACUAAAGAUUUAUGAACUGUUCCAAUACGAAUUUAUGAACAAUAUUAUUUUUGAACAAAAUGUUAUUCAACGAUUACCGAAAUGCUCUUUCAAGGUAAAUUUUAUUUUUGGUCCUAAUACACUAUUAAUAUUACUUGCAACUUUGAGUGUUUGUUUUCUUAUAAGAAAAUGUAUAGUUAACAGUUUCUUGCCAUAUUGUUUAAAUAUAAUUAAUAUGUUUUAAUUUUUAUCAUUGUUAGUUGUACAUUAUUAGUUGUAAACUUUGAAAUACAUAUUGUUACAUUUACUUUUAUAAACUUGUAGCACGUGGAGCGAAAGUAAUACCUUGAAGGUAAUCUGGUAAAAGGGCUAGCUUUGUGGAUCAACAGUCGAGUCAGAGAUAUUCUCCGGUCUGUUACAUAAAACAUGUUUCAUCCUAUCGCAUUGAUCCUCAUAGGUCAGCAGAUAUUUGAUCUCAUAUUUUCCCAAAGACUCCUGACCCUACCAACCCUCCAAGAAAAACAUUAACAUCCCUUUGUAUAUCAUCAAUUCACCCCUUAGAUUUCCAGCAGUGAUUUUAUUUACUGGAGUUUUCAGCUUUGCAUUUGCUACCCAAAGUGAAUGUUGUGAGUAACAUGUAAAGGAAUUGCAAUUUUGAUAUCUCGGUGUAAGCUUUGUGUGGUUUCUUUUUAUUGAGGCAACCGUGUUACGUUUGGUCGUAAAUUCAAUUAGCAAUUGCUGGGUAUGUUUCGGUGAAACUUUUCAAUGUGGACAAAUUUAUUCUACAAUACGUUCGUGUUUGUUUAUUUUAAUUUCAGAUUGAAUUUAGGUACAUACAAAUAAUUGCCUAUUGCCAUUGUAAUCUUAGGCUUUACUUUAUGAGUUUUUGAUAUUAAGUAUAUUAUUACUGAAUCACAUAUUGUUUAUAUAUUUUUAUGGUAGAUUUUAUUUUAAAAUAUCUUUUUGAUAUUUUAGUUUUAGACAAAAAAAGUAAGUUUACAAACAUUUAUUUAAUCUUUAAUUCUCAAAGUCCAAGACGAAGUAACUCUGAAAGUAAUUGAUGUCUAGAAAUGACUGGUGUUUGUUGCCUAGCUAUUUUGACAUCUAACGCAAACAAAUUAUUGUUACGAAAAAAAAAUUACUGGCAUAAAUAUUUAGUUUUAAUUCUUUAUCAUAAUACGUGAAGCAAAUAAUAUAUUUAUCCUUAUUGAAUACAGUAGAACCUCAAUAACAAGUCUUUAAGUGGGAUUAUCAAAUAAGACCGGUUUGUUGUCAGUUUUGUUGAGGUUUACAAUAUCAUGUAAUUAAAUAUAAAACUGUAUAAAAUCGCUGGUAUUUGAAAAUGACACUUGUUAUCAAGUGCCACUUGUUAUUGAGGGUCUUUUUGUUGAGGUACCACUGUAUUAAAAUUGCCCUAUCCACACAGAGUUUUAUAUAAAUAUUUCAUAUGUGUAUUCCGAACUCUAUGGGGCCUUAGCUUUAUCUAAUAUAAGUAUUUUCUCGUAUUGUUGCUAUUCCUCAUUGUAAUGCAGUUAUAAUGAUAAUUUAAUAAGGCUUAACCUUUUUAAAGUCCUAUGUAUUGUUUUCAAUUUAAUUCAACAUUAUUAAUUUUGUUUUUUUAGACUAAGCUUAUUUAUAAGUUUUAUAAUACAAAUGUAUAAAGUAGAGUAAGUUAUUGAAACCUAUGAAUUCUGAUAUUAACUAUGAUUUUAACUAUCUAGAUUUUUAUAAUAACCUAAUUUUCUAAUUAUUAUUUUACUGAUAAAUGAUGCUAUUUUCGUAAUCGUGCGUGCUAAUGUCGAAAUUUGGUGCUUCUUGUCCCACCUAUCAACCUUAUCAGUCUUUUUUAUUUAAAUAUUAUACUAUUCAUGACAUUUCCUGUAACGUUUGAGAACUAUAAUAGAAAAAUAUUCCUUGCAAUAAUCUAUUAUAAAUGUGUGUUACAAUAAGAUACUGCAUUGAUUAUGUUAUUUGUUUAGGAGAAUUUUAUUCAAAAAUCCAUUUCCGCCUUAAUGUAAAGCAUAUAAAUUAUUUGAUUUAUUUUUUUACUGGAAGAAUUAUAUUUAUAUACAUAUUCCUAUUAUGUAAAAAGCAAUAAAUGUACUUGUUAUUUUGAUUUGUAAGGAUUUCAUUUUAAGGAAUUAUGUUAUUUAAUGUAAUUAGUGCUGAAUGUCUUAGUGAAACAAACUAUUAUAAGGUUUAAACAUUUAUCUUUUGUGUUGACUUUUGAAAUUUCAAAUUUUAGUUAAAUGGAGAUUACAUUUUAUAAUCAAAUUGUACAUCUUUUAAGACUAUCAAUAUUUUUUGGCUUUGAUACUGAUGUAUGUUUGCCAUUUCAUGUGCCAUGCCAGAUAAUCUCUAAACUCUGGCCAAUAGACCUUUCUGUAAUGUUUUUUCAUCUAUUAAGGCUGUUUAUUUUUUCUCUGAAGCCAUUUCGUCUGUGCCAUAGUUACAGCGUGUCCGCUUGGUUCUUGUAUACGCCUUAACCCAACUAUGUUAGCUGCCUGUAUUUAUAGCCUUUUUUGUUAACUCCUACCAAUUCCUACAUUGUAUGUGUCUGUAAUGCGACUUUUGCGCUCUAGUUUUGUAUGAAACUAAUAAACUGAAAUUUUAU